CGUCUCGCCCUCGGGGGCGUGGUUGGCCGAGUUAUUGACAGCGCUCUUGUUUUGCUAGUCGCGCGUUAGCCUUUGUCUCUGGCGCCUUGUUGCGGACUCAUUCACUCCGUAUGUCCACUAACUUCGCUGAAGGCUUGAACCGGAUACGACACACGUCGUUGCGUAACGUCGCUAUCUACCGGUGGACGGUUAUCUGUUGUCGUUGCUUGUUGCUUGUCGUUAGCUCGUCGAGCUAUGUUGCUAAUGUUUGAGUUUAGCAUCGCGAGGAGCGAACUCUGAGCCGAGAAACACCGCAAUCCUCUCACGCAGUGAAACACGGAGAUUCCCGUUUGCUGUAAAGUUUGAUAGCACACAGAUACAUGGCCGCUGGAGAGCUGACCUUUAGCCAUGGCGUUGGCUGUGGACGUGUCCGCAGAUGAGUUUACCCUGAGAACAGAUUCAGCUGGAUGAGUUCGCAACAAUGUCCUUAAAAUCAACCAAAGUGGCCCCGAGUGUUGAUUUUGACCACAGUUGCUCCGACAGCGUGGAAUAUCUGACGCUAGAUUUCGGCCCAUUUGAGACCGUUCAUCGCUGGAGGAGACUCCCUCCGUGUGAUGAGUUUGUUGGUGCAAGGCGCAGUAAGCACACUGUUGUGGCAUACAGAGAUGCCAUUUACGUUUUUGGGGGAGACAAUGGAAAGAACAUGCUGAACGACUUGCUCCGUUUUGAUGUGAAGGACUGCUCGUGGUGUCGAGCCUUCACCACUGGAACUCCACCUGCUCCCCGAUAUCACCAUUCAGCUGUUGUCUAUGGCAGCAGCAUGUUUGUUUUUGGGGGCUACACUGGAGACAUCUACUCGAACUCAAACCUGAAAAACAAAAAUGACCUUUUUGAGUACAAAUUUGCCACAGGGCAGUGGACUGAAUGGAAAGUGGAGGGGAGCUUGCCAGUGGCUCGGUCUGCCCAUGGGGCCACGGUCUACAGUGAUAAAUUGUGGAUAUUUGCCGGCUAUGAUGGGAAUGCCAGGCUGAAUGACAUGUGGACCAUCAAUCUGCAAGAUCGAGAACAUGCGUGUUGGGAAGAGAUCGAUCAAAGUGGUGAGAUUCCUCCAUCUUGCUGCAACUUCCCUGUAGCCGUAUGCAUGGACAAGAUGUUUGUGUUUUCUGGUCAGAGUGGAGCCAAAAUCACCAACAACCUCUUCCAGUUUGAGUUCAAGGGCCACAUGUGGACACGCAUCCCAACCGAACACUUACUGCGGGGCUCGCCUCCCCCUCCCCAGAGACGUUACGGCCACACAAUGGUUGCCUUUGACCGUCACCUGUAUGUAUUUGGAGGUGCGGCUGACAACACUCUGCCCAACGAACUGCACUGCUACGAUGUGGACUCUCAGAGGUGGGAGGUGAUCCAUCCCAGCAUGGACAGUGAGGCCCCUCAGAUGCCCAGUGGGAGACUCUUCCAUGCUGCUGCUGUGAUUCAAGAUGCCAUGUACAUCUUUGGAGGAACUGUGGACAACAAUGUGCGCAGUGGGGAGAUGUACAGAUUCCAGUUUUCCUGCUACCCAAAGUGCACUCUCCAUGAGGACUAUGGCAAACUGUUGGAGAAUCGUCAGUUCUGUGAUGUGGAGUUUAUUCUGGGCGAGAGGGAGGAGAAAGUCUUGGGGCAUAUUGCCAUAGUGACUGCAAGAUGUCAGUGGCUACGAAAGAAAAUCCUGCAGGCUUGGGAUAGGCAGCGACAGAAGGCUAAACAGGACAGCAGCGAGGAAAGUGACGAAGGGACAGCUGGAAGCCCAAAGGAUAUCCCAGCAGGCAACAGGCCGAUGCUAGAGGUAUCCAUCAGAGAAGCAGAGGCCCAGCCUUUUCAGGUCUUAAUGCAGUUCCUUUACACGGACAAGAUCCAGUACCCACGCAGAGGUCAUGUGCAGGAUGUUCUUUUAAUUAUGGAUGUGUACAAACUGGCCCUUAGUUUUAAGCUUUCCCGCCUCGAGCAGCUGUGUGUGCAGUACAUCGAGGCCUCUGUCGACCUACAGAAUGUUCUCAGUGUUUGUGAAAAUGCCAACAAGCUGCAACUGGACCAACUCAAGGAACAUUGCCUUAAUUUUGUGGUGAAGGAGUCUCACUUCAACCAGGUGAUCAUGACGAAGGAGUUUGAACGUCUGUCCACUCCACUGAUUGUGGAGAUUGUGCGACGAAAGCAGCAGCCUCCUCUCAGGUUGUACUCCGACCAGCCAGUGGACAUCGGGACCUCACUGGUUCAGGACAUGAAGGCUUACCUGGAGGGAGGCGGCCUGGAGUUCUGCAACAUUGUCCUGCUGUUAGACGGACACCCACGACCUGCUCAUCAAGUCAUACUGGCAGCACGAUCCAGUUACUUUGAGGCGAUGUUCCGCUCCUUCAUGCCUGUGGACGGUCAGGUUAAUAUCUCCAUCGGUGAGAUGGUUCCCAGUAAGCACGCCUUUGAGUCCAUGCUGCGUUAUAUCUACUAUGGCGACGUCAACAUGCCUCCAGAAGAUUCCCUCUAUCUGUUUGCUGCACCAUAUUACUACGGGUUUUCAAACAACAGGCUGCAGGCUUACUGCAAGCAGAAUCUGGAGAUGAACGUCACUGUGGAGAACGUCUUGCAGAUUCUGGAGGCAGCUGAUAAGACCCAGGCUCUGGACAUGAAGAAGCACUGCCUGCACAUUAUUGUCCACCAGUUCAUUAAGGUAUCCAAGCUCCCCAACCUGCGGUCUCUCAGCCAGCUGCUGCUGUUGGACAUCAUUGAGUCUCUAGCUACACACAUAUCAGACAAACAAUGUGCUGAGAUGGGCUCCGACAUUUAGGAUGACGGCGAGAGUUGGGCUCUUAUCUCCUCUCACAGAAGCCAUACAGCUCUGCUCAACCUACAUCUAGUCAUUCCCUGGUCCCCGUUGCGCAGUAGCUUUCUUUAUGUUGGCCCACACAUCUCCAGACCCACAUACCGUAGAUGGCUUUUAUCCACGUUGUAUCAAAUUGCUCUCACUCUGCAUCUUAAUGAGGAGUAAAAUCAAUGAAGAAACCACAUUCUAGCUCAGUUACAAUUUGUUAAAAAUCCCCUUAUUUGUUUAGUUAGUGAUUUAUCUAUUUUGUUUACAGAGGAAACGUUAGCAAGGUUUUAUUCUGCUCAGUAUUGCUGUUGCAUAUGCAGUGGACUGUAAUAUUGAUACUUGUGACACUCUAGAGGUUCAAGUGUUGCACUCAGCUGUUUUCUGCUCAGAUACAUUCUGUCACCUAAAUGCAACUUCAUCAACGUAUACUUUUAAGUGGAUUAUUUAUCUACACAUCUGUAUUCAUCAACUCUGACUCUCGCCUGGAUAAAUGUUGUAAGGAAUCAUAAUCAUUAUAUGAAAAUAAUUAGAAUGUACGUCUGUCUUAAAGCUAUUUGUUUCAUUUAAUGUUAUUUUUAUUGGCAAACAUCUUUUGUAAUAUUAACCACCUCUACUAUACUAACAGACAAGCCCUGUCUAUCUACAAGAUAUAGCAAUGUGUAUUAAGUGACAUCGGUAUGCUGUUAUUAAAUAUUUACCCACAUGGGUUUCAUGUAUUUAAAGCCUUAAUAAAUCUUAUAGAAAAUGA